AUGAAACCUCGGCACCAAGGGUCCCUGUACUGCCUCUUUCCUGACCACCAUGUGGAAAAGUACUUUGACCAGGUGGACAUCUCCAAUGGCUUGGAUUGGUCCCUGGACCACAAAAUCUUCUAUUACAUAGACAGCCUGUCCUACUCCGUGGAUGCUUUUGACUAUGACUUGCACACAGGAAAGAUCUCCAACCGCAGAAGUGUUUACAAGCUGGAGAAAGACGAACAAAUCCCAGAUGGAAUGUGUAUUGAUGCCGAGGGGAAGCUCUGGGUGGCCUGUUAUGAUGGAGGAAGAGUGAUUCGUUUAGAUCCUGAGACAGGGAAAAGACUCCAAACUGUGAAGUUGCCUGUGGAUAAAACUACCUCCUGUUGCUUUGGAGGGAAGGAUUACUCAGAAAUGUACGUGACCUGUGCCCGGGAUGGAAUAGGCCCUGAGGAUCUUUUGCGGCAACCUAAAGCUGGUGGAAUUUUCAAGAUAACUGGCCUGGGGGUCAAAGGAAUUCCUCCCUAUCCUUUUGUAGGCUAAGUGACAGGCCUUCUUUCCUACUGGAGGAAACUUUGCAGACAGCUAGAAAAUUCUGGAGCUGAAAUUUCAAUCUACUUACCAAAAACUGAAGCAAUGCUGUUAUAACAGAAUUACAUUUUUAUUUACUAUUUUUAAAUGUAGAGAUUUUUAACAAGGAGUGGCAGAUGGGUUUGAUAACAUACUAUAAGGUCUUCUGCAAAGGUACUAUAAAAAUGUCAAGAAUUGUUCAACUGUCAACCAGCCUCUUGAUUCUUUACAAAUUGCUGGUGGACAGGGGUAGAGGGAAGAGACUAUACCUGUUCUUUAUUCUGCAAUUCAUACAUACUAUACCUAAAGCCUCAAACUAAUAAAUAGCAAUCUGAUAAAGAUCUACUACAAUUAUGUUCCUUUUUAUUUUCAUCAUAAUCUUAUAAAAUGUGCUGCAAUGGUAACCUACCUUCAUCUUACUCUUCCUAUAUAUUAUUUUAAAAAUUAAAUAAUGCUAGAGGAUGUGAAUUAAACACUUUGGCAACAUCCAUGGUUCCAACUGCCACCUCGUAGAUAUAAAAGUAAUAUAUUACUUUGGAAAGAAUAUUUUUUAAAUUGCUUUAUUGAGUUAUAAUUGACCUAUACAUACUUAAAGUACACAAUUUGAUAAGUUUGUUCCCACAAGCAAGAUAAUUAAUCUAUCCACUACCCCCAAGACUUUCCCUGUAUCCCUUUGUAAUCCUUUCCUUUGGUUCCUCUGUAUGCCUGCUCACUUUCCAAAGAAAUCACUGAUCUGAUCUAUGUCACUAUACAUUAGCCUUAAAAUUUAUUU